CCCACCUGAGCCCGUCUGCGCCCACCUGAGCCCGCACGCCGGCGCCAUGGCCGAGCAGGAGAGCUUGGAGUUCGGCAAGGCGGACUUCGUACUGAUGGACACCGUCUCCAUGCCCGAGUUCAUGACCAACCUUCGGCUCAGAAGGCCGGUCAGGAUAAAAGCUGUAGUCCACAGAGCCACAACAGAGGAUGAAGGAAAAGAACAACUUUCCUUGCAAGGACAAAAUGAAGCCAUUUCAAGAUUCAUUCUCAACAUUGUGAAGUUACAGGUGCCCUCACCUAACUGUGACUCUCUGCCCAGCGUGGGCAUGUCCUGACAUCAGCCUUGUAGAGACUCUCCUGUCAAAGUGACCGGUUGACUGAGCACCCUGUGAGUGACCAACAUCCUUCUCACCACACUGAGAGAGUCUCAAGUUGAAUCCUUUUCAGACACCCCGCAGAAGACAAACGAACAAAAACUGAAAAGCAGUCCAUUCCCAGAUGUCAGCCCAGCUGUUGUAUUUGUGGGCAUGAUUUGCUAUGCCAUGUCUGACAGAUUAUUUUUUACAUCCUCGCUACUUAUCAUGUUUUCAUUGAGAUAUACUAUAAAAUGUUGUUUCCUUUUGCUGGGGGAAUGAACAGUGGUCUUUGGUGAAAAAUGUCUUUUAUGGUCAAGAAUUUAGACCAUGUACUGAGAAGGAGCCAUCGUAUUGGUAGUAGUAUUGUCUUAACCACAUUGCCUGGGACCUCAGUAGAUAGCCUUUCGGAGGGGACAGUGUUGUGUUCUGCUAUUUCCUUAUACCAGCAAGGUAGAAUUGCUGAGUCACUUGACAUGAUCAAAUUCAGGUAAUACAAAAUUUAAAUAAAACCCGGAUAUCUCGGGCACCUG